AUGGGAGACCUGGAGUGUGGCUUUGAGGAAAUGCAAGGAGUGAGACUGGGAUACCUGCUCAUCAAAGGCAAGCAAAUGUUUGCUUUGUCUCAGGUCUUCACCGACCUUCUGAAGAACAUUCCUCGGACCACCGUGCAUAAGCGCAUGGACCACCUGAAGGUGAAAAAGCACCACUGCGACCUGGAGGAGCUGAGGAAGCUCAAAGCAAUAAACUCUAUAGCUUUCCACGCAGCUAAAUGCACACUCAUAUCGAGGGAGGACGUGGAGGCUCUGUAUAUCUCCUGCAAAACCGAGCGGGUGUUGAAGUCCAACAAAAGGAAAGCGAAAGCGGUGUGUUCCACCGAGGGUGAGGAUGCGUCCUCGGGGCUCCUCCAUGCCGACACCGAGCUGUGGAAGGAAAAAGUUUGGUUUAGUUUGCACGGUGUCCCGGAAACGCUCACACUUCACAACAAACCGGGCAGGAGGAAAGAGCUGACUCCUUGCCUUACCGACUCCAAACUACCUCAAUUUUACCACAAAUCCAACGGGCGGGAUUACCGUUCAGCGGCUAAGUCCAGUCACAAACACUUCAAAAACUAUGAAACAGCUAAAAUAACAGGGAACCGUGUUACUUUGAGCCAAAGGCACUCGUUUUUCCGGAGCGCGGUGAGCCGGCAAGCCUGGUGCUCCCAGUCCGCCAUAGCUGCUCAGUCCAGGCUCUCGCGCUCAGCCGGCGACCUACUUCACAAAAGGAAGAGGAGGCGCGAGGGGGGCGGCGGCAGAGACAGCGCGAGGCACUCCUGGAGCAGAAGCAGACACGCGCACCACCACUUACCACCGGUGCUGCUCGUGCAACCCAAAUCAUCCGGUACUCACGGAACUUCUUUCGGUGCUUUUCAUCUCAGUCCGGAUUUCUACCUUGACCCGAGACCUCACCAUCAUCACCAGCAUCACCAUCAUCAUCAUCACACCACCCACCACGAGCCCACUUUCCCGGAGAGCUACAGCAGCGACACCGAGUCCAGCACCUACUCGGACCGAGCGUACCCGGACUCGGACUUCGGCUCGGGUCUAUCCACUACCAGCAACUCUGGGAGCUCCGAGGAGGAAGAGGAGGGAGAGGAUGAAGAUGACACUCAGUCGGAGAGUUCAGAGGUCAGCUCGGAUGAGGAGGAGAGUUCGACUCAGUCCGACUCCAGCUCGGUUUCGAGCCGCGUGUGUCAGAGCAUCCGGUUCAGACGGGCCCGGGUCGGUUCUCUGGCCAAAUCUGAGCAGCACUUCGAAGCACCUUUAGUCCUGCAGCCCACCUUCCACUACAACAACCCACAGCAGCAAGACCAACCACCCAGGACUCUGUGCCAUGUUGUCGCCCACAGGACAGGAGACAGCCGGCAGGACAAACGUCCGAAAUGUGAAUUUACAUGCAGUGGAUCUAGAAGGGACUUGGGGCCCUUACAGCCCCCCAAAUUCAACCCGAGUGUCGUGGGGGAGAGUUUUUUCACUGAGUCAAAAGGGGAGAAGGUGUCUGAGGCUGAUCCAACUGCUGACCCCGUGGAUGAUCCGGGCCCUUAUUCAAACCACACUAAGGCCUUCCACUCUCCAAGCAGGGCCCCGGGACAUCCCACUAAGUACCCCCAGGACUGAGUGUGCAGUGCGAUCCAGGACAAGACGCAAAGAUCCCCAAAAACAACGACAAAAAGGGAGGUGAAAGUCACUAGUGUACAAGUGCCCAGUCCGCUGAAAAAAUCAAGGACUGAAGCUGAGGAGCCCUGUGCUGUGACCGCUGGCCCCCACCCGGACAUCAUCAGCAGCAGGACAACCAAGACCCCCCCAUUCAACCUCCACAAUGUGAAAAUUAAAGUGGAGGAAAGCUGUGAUGAAUAUGAAUACCAGAGCCAGGCCAGUGGGGUCAGAUGUAAAGGCGAUAAGGCCGAGAAGCAUCAGUGAGCAGUAUCCCAGCGGAUGCAUCAAACAGGGGGACUUUUUAACAGCGGGAUUAAAGUCACAGAGAAGAGCCCAGAUGUGGCUCCUAAGUCCCCCUCCUCUGGUCCUCAGGAAUACCUGGACCUCCCGUGCAUUGAGGAGGGGGAUCAGAGGAAUAAAACCUGCAAGGUUCCUGUAUUGGGGAAGAAACCCAGAAUUUCAAGGACGAAAACAAAACAAAACUUGGUCAGGGCCAACAAGGCUGCCUCCUCCUCCUCUUCCUCCUCCCACUCCUAUUCCACCUCCUCCCCCUCCACCUCUUCUUCUUCUUCUCGUUCUGCAGGUUGUGAGGAUGCAUGCACGGAGGAUUUACCGAGCAGACGCAAACGCACCAACGCGAGCACUGUAGCGUCUCCUGCAAAAAUGCCUUUCCGUUUGAUGGCAAAUUUCCCAUCCCCGCCAUCGCUGGUUGUUGGUAGCGACGGGGAUUUGUGUCCUGCUUACUCCCUGAACUCACUGAGGGGCCGCGGGCCUCCCCCUCCGUCCCCCCCCGUGUGGAGGUGGCAGCCCGGCGGCCAGAUCCUCCCUCCCCCACAUGCUCAGAGAACUAGGAAAUACUGGAAGUAAAACAAAGCCUCCACCGUGUCCAUCUCCACCCUAAUCGUCGCCUGAGUCUUAACAUGCGCGCACCAAAAAGGCUCGCAACUCUGUCGGUUUUUAUUAUGAUUUUCCCUUUUUUUCUGUGAAUGGAUUUACAUUCCGCUUUGUUUAGAAGUUUGAUCGAGGAAAACCACACAACAUCCCCCUUUGGAGCCUCAGAAAACGCCCACAGGACUGUGAGGACACUGCUCCUGGAUUUUCUUUCUUUUUUUUAAAAAAAAAAUCAGCUAUCAAUCCUAAGCAAUAUUUUAGGUUUUUGGUUAUUAUUUUAUUGUGUUUUACUUGACUUUUCCUCUGAACUCGAUUGUUUCUACUUCGGUUUUUUAAUGCUCGACCUGUUGGAUUGUAUGGUGUCAGGGUUUCAGUGGUGUGUGCUUUGUCUGAAAGAGGAAGAAAGAGGUUAAAACAAAAAAAAGGAAAAAAAAAAAGAAGAAAAAAAAGAAAUCACAGCAUUCCUUGGGAUGAGGCUACUCUUGAUCUUUUUGUCUUUUUUGAGGCUGAUCACAAGUUUGACUUGGUAAAUCAAAAAAAAAAAGAAGAAAAAAGAAAAUCAGGGUGUCCCAUUUUGUGCCACUUGGUAUAUUUUCUAUAUCAAAGCUGUGUUUUCUUUAUGACUGUCAUGCUGAAGUUGGUCAGUAUGGCCAAUGUGUCCCAGUGUUCCGUUCAGACAAUAAUUAAAAUUGGGUUAUUAUAUGUUGUCUAUAAAUGUCACAGUCAAGCCUUUAUUAGAUUUAACGGGAUUUGAUUCCUGGUGAUUGUGGGAUUUUAUUUUAUUUUAUUUUUUUUUUUUUGAGUGCUUCUGAUCUGGUUUUCAGUCUGUUUUUAUUCCUGCGGAGUAUUUCCUGGUUUGCAUAGUGUGACUGCACAGACGCAGGCCCAGACACAACACAGGCCUUAUGUACAGACAAUCAAAAAGAAUAAGGCUCAGAUCUUUAUAGCACGUUGGGUCUCACUUCAGACUCCAUUCAUGUCCUCCGGUUCCACUUGGCCACUGUUUUUCUCAGUAUCAUUCGUGCCAGGAUGAAUCUGCGUUUAUGCUGAAUGUUAUUGCAGAAAAUGUACAAAACAAUAAGAUAUUAAUGACAAUGUCCAAGAGGGGCGAACUGUGGGAUCUGACUCUAGAGUCACAGUGGGGGAAAAGCAGCACCAACACAGCGUGAAACACCUUGGAGCCGGUGGCUACUUAGAAACAAUGCAACAAAGCACAAGAGUAGGCUUAAAUGCAUUGCACUUGAUACUGGUAGGGGUCUUGUUUCAGCUUUAGGGUUUUCUGACUAGCCUGUGAAAUGCUGUCUGAAAGACUAUUAUUUAAAGAAAAAAAAACACCACACCACACCAAACUAAAGAUAAGAUGCAGAGCCCAAUCUGGAUUAAUCUGACUGUUAGGAAUCACUCACAGUUAGCCUUAAACUAUACCAUGACCAAAAGGUGAUUCCUGACUUCCAGCUCCAAUUUUCCUGAAGCCACUGUUUGUUUGUUUUAUUUGUUUAUUAUUCUGUUUUAAAUCUGAAGCCAAGUGUCUCCAUGUGGGCUUACAUUUUUCCCCACACCGGAAAUACAAUCAUUUUUCUGUUUUAUGUUUUUUUAUCAGAUAAUCCCAACCUCCCCACUCUAAACCAAGCCUUUAAAUAUGGCCGCUCAGUGAAUGUAGUCAUCCCAGACCUGUUUUGUUUUGCAUCCAAACUUCAAUUUUACGCAUAUUUUCAACCAGGGUAAAUCAGCUGGUCGGUGUUAGGUGUCGUGCGUAAAAGUGUACAUGUUUUAAUGGCAGUCCAGGACGCCUUCUGCUAAUUGGCAGCUUUUCUAUCUGUGACAAAGAGAGGCCCAGCUUAUGGCGAGCCAGAUCACAACAAACCCAAAGCCCGUGAAUGAUGUCAGCCUCCUCAUAAGCACAGCAAAGGGUGCAUUCACUGAAAGGAUUGUAGAAACUAUUUAAUGGGUGAUUGUAAAAAAAAAAAAAAAAA